ACCCCCACCAUGAACCUGGAAGGCCUUGAGAUGAUCGCGGUGCUGGUGGUCUUGGUCCUCUUCGUCAAGGUGCUGGAGCAAUUUGGCCUCUUCGAGCCAGUGUCCUUGGAAGGCAACGCGCCGGGCCAAACUAAAAAAGCGCUGAAGCAGCGAUUCCUCAAACUGCUGCCCUGCUGCCGGCCCAAAUCCAUCCCCUCGCUCAGCGAAAACAGCGUUGAGGAUGAGUUUGAGCUCUCCACCGUCUGCCACCGCCCCGAGGGGCUGGAGCAGCUCCAGGAGCAGACCAAGUUCACCCGCAAAGAGCUGCAGGUCCUGUACCGAGGCUUCAAGAAUGAGUGCCCGAGCGGCAUCGUCAAUGAAGAAAACUUCAAGCAGAUCUACUCACAGUUCUUCCCGCAGGGAGACUCCAGCACGUACGCCACCUUCCUCUUCAACGCCUUUGACACUGACCACGACGGCUCCGUCAGCUUCGAGGACUUUGUGUCUGGGCUGUCCAUCAUCCUGCGAGGCACCAUUGACGAUCGCCUGAACUGGGCCUUCAAUCUCUAUGACCUGAACAAAGAUGGCUGCAUCACCAAAGAGGAAAUGCUGGACAUCAUGAAGUCCAUCUACGACAUGAUGGGCAAAUACACCUACCCAGCCAUGAGGGAGGAAGCACCUCGGGAGCACGUGGAGAACUUCUUCCAGAAAAUGGACCGAAACAAAGAUGGUGUGGUGACAAUCGAGGAGUUCCUGGAGUCCUGCCAGAAGGAUGAGAACAUUAUGAGGUCCAUGCAGCUCUUCGACAACGUGAUUUAGCUCCCGGACCUGCCUCCAGCCGAGCUCUCCUGCCACCGGGCCCAGAACCUGCUUUUCUCUUGACUUUUCCUUCGAGCCUCCUCUCUGCCAGCUGCACAGACACCCCCACAGGAAGGAGCCUCCCUUCCCAGAGAUGCGGUCGGUGCCGGGAUCUUCCUUCCCCACUGGGCUGGCUCCACUUUCCUCGGGGGACCACAAGCAGGUGCUCCUGGGCAUCGGAGCAUGGGCAUGGCUGGCACGGGGGCGAGCGUUUGGCCCAGAUGGACCUCCCUGCACCCCUUCCCGGCAGGGAAUCCGCAGCCUCGGGCUGUGACAGAGGCUUCCCCUGCCCACAGCACUCCGUGCAGCCAUGGCUCCCCCACCCCUCACCCUCCCCAGCCCCGGGAGCCCCUAGCCCUGGCUCCAGCCCAAACCCUCCAGCGACGCUGUCUAGAAACCAAUAAAGUCUUGCAACAGGCGCCAGCGCCUCGGCUUCCUCCCCUGUCCUGGCCAUGCCCUGCCAUGGGAAGUGUGGCCAGAAUGUUGGCCAUGAGCUACUGGCCACCCUCCAUGGCAUGUUGGCCAUGAGCCACUAGCCACCCUCCUUGGCAUGUUGGCCAUGAGCUACUGGCCACCCUCCUUGCCCAGCCCCUGGGCCGGUGGGUGGGCAGAGGGGCUGUGCCUGGAGAAGGCAGUCGUAUGGGCACUCAGGAUUCAUUGCUGCAUGAGCUGUGGGCAGCAGUCCCUGAUCCCGGGGUGGGGGAGUGGGGGGCAGUUAGACCUAGAAGGCUCUUCCUGACAUGGGGAGAGAGGAGACUAAAGGGACCCUGAGGUGUCUUCUUGUGGCAGUGGUUCCCCCCAGGAUGGAGGAUGCUGGGCUGGAAGGGCUGCAACCUCAGCCUCUGUCCCUCAAGUUUGGGGUGUUGGCACACAGGGGACCUCAGGGAACCACUUGGAGGCUCCAGUGGAGGGACACCCUUCCCACCCCUCUCUGAGGACACGGCAGCCAGGAUAUGGGGAUAUGUGGAGGAGGAGGUGUGCUGAGCUCUGGCAGCCACCCCUUUGGGCAUCACUGCCACACAGCAUCCUUUGCUGCUGACCUCCCCCUGCUCCCGUGCCCUGGCCCAUCCCAGCCCACCCCGCUGCCUGGGGGGCCAGGGAGUGAGCAAUGGGGCAGAGAAAUGUCCUCACAGGUGUAACCCUGUGCUGGGGGCACGGCUGAGCUGGCAGCUCCUCGGGGAGAAAGUCGAGGCUGGGGCCAGCAAUGAGUUGUUGCCAUGCUGGAGGGUCACCUUGGGGCAGGUGGGCUCAGCCUCUUCUGGCAUGGCCAUGAGAGAGCCUGCCCGGGGAUGGAGCCAGCACCCUGGGGCUCCCCACAUCUUUGGCACCACCAGCUCCUCGGAGGUGCAGACAGAGACCUGUCCUGCCCGCGUGCCCCUCCGAGUCGUAGCUGGGACAGUGAUGCCCAUGGGCUAAUGACCCCAUGGCAACCCCAGAAGCCCCUCUGUGCAUUCCCCUUGGGAAUGUACCCGGCUCUGGCAGCCCCUGGUUCCGCUGCUCCAGCCUCCGCAUCCUUAGCAGCCGAGGGCAGUCGGGGCUGGGCUGAGCUGUGGCAUCGGGGAUCAAUGGGGAAGAGGGGAGCAAGGCCGGUACCUGUGCUGGACCAGACCCUGGUGUUGGAGCCCUUAGAAACACCCCCCUCCCCAGGGCCCUGAGGGCCCUACGGGGCUGCUCCCCAGCAGGACUGUCCCUGGCCCAGCCCCUGCAGACAAGACGCGGUUUUUUAGGUUCAUCCAACACAUGGUUCAUCCCACAGUCCUGCUCCUUGGGUUUGCCGUGGGGCUGAGCUCCCACUUGCGGUCUCCCAAGGGUGGGAGGGCAGGUAUCCCAACCCUUAUCCCUCCCGUCUCCUUCCCUCCCUCCCUCCCUCCCCCCUCUCAGCCUCUCGG